AUGGGCCGCGACGAUUUUCCCUUGAAGACGUCCCACGUGUUGCUGUUCGUCAAAGAGGAGUACCCCGACUUCCUCAACGAUUCCUUGGCCAGGAACAAGGAGGAGAGUCUAGGGCGAUUAAUUCGAUGGCUCAUUUAUCAGCAGGGCUUCUCGUUCCGCCGCCCCACGAAGUCCAUUCUCUCUACGGUAGAUCUCGAAGCCGAGCAGCGGGCGUUCGCGAGCCAGGUGGGAACGAAGGUGAACGCUACGUACGCGAGGUCCUGUAUCUUCAACGCCGAUGAGACUGCGGUAUACUACGAUGCUAAGCCUACUCGUAUCAUUAGUGAACGUGGCGCUAAGAAAAGCCUGCGGCCUGUCAUCAUAUUCAAAGGGAAACCUGGUGGACGCGUCGAAGAAGAGGUGCGCGGUAUUUCGAGCCGAGUAGUGACAGCGGUGCAGAGGAAUGCGUGGAUGGACAGUCGACUGUGGCUUGAAACUUUCGUCGAGGACUCGUGGGGAUGUUUCAUGAGUAGCACUCACCCCGGACCAAUGGCCCUUUACGUUGACAAUCUGCAGUGUCACUUGGUGCCACUGCCAAAAAAUACGACGUCGGUUCUCCAGCCCUUGGACGUCGGGGUGAUGGGUCCUUUUAAGCAGAAGCUGCGAGCUAUUACUCUUGUGUUUGAGCUCGGCGCUGUCGCGCCUAGCGGUCACCUGCCUCUACGUGAGCGUCUUCUGGCAAUUGAGCGCAUGUCGGCCCUUGAAAAGCGCAAGCGCCUAGUGGAACGUGUAAUCGCUGCGUGGGAUGCAGUCAGUGAGGACACUAUAAAGAAGGCUUGGCUGAAAGCGGGUCUCUAA